AUGGCCCGUCGUGUCCUCUCCUUCGCCGUCCUGGCCGUCCUUGUCAUCGCCCUGCGCUGGAGUGCGACGGCCUUCCUGCCAGCUGGAAAGCCGCUGCUGCGUGGAGGAGCCACAGGGGCCCUGGCCACCACGGCGGCUGCUGCUGGAGCGAUGCCGGCCUUGGCCGAGGAGGAAGGUGGCCUUCUGAACUUCGGGAAGGUGGAGCUUGGUGGCGGCUUUGCCCUCAACUUGAACAUCCCGGAUAUCAACUUGGUGAACAUCUCGAUCCUGGUUGCCGGCCUCUUCUACUUCUUGGGCCCUCUCCUCAGCGAGUCCAUGGCCUCGCGCGAGAAGGAGAUCCAGAGCGACAUCGACGAUGCCAUCGCCAAGUACAACGAGGCUUCGACGCGCCUGGCAGAGGCCAAGAAGGCGAAGGAGCAGGCUGAUGCCGUCGUCAAGGAGAUCAACGACAGCAUCGCCAAGGACAUUAAGGAGUUUCAGGACACCCUUAAUGCCCAGGCCACGAAGUCCCAGGAGGCCCAGGACAAGGCGCUGGAAUCCAGCCUGAAGGACAUGGAGUCUCGCUCCGCCGCGAACCUGGAGAAGUACGUUGACGCUGCAGCGGUCAGGCGUGGGCUCAUUGAUCUGCAAAACCUCUCCCAAAGGCAAAAGACGCAGUUCAUGGACGCGGCUAUCAACUCCCUCUGA